AUGUCGCUGCCGGUCCUAGACACGUUCGCCGAGCAUGGCUUCAGCAUCUUCCAGUCGCCGGAGGCCACGUUUGCCGACUUCUUCGCCGCCGGGAUCUUCCGCCGGGCAGGCAUCGAUGUUGAGGCCGGCGCGCCCCGCCUCCAGCAGCGCGAAGCCUUGCUGGACGUCGCCUUGUACCAUGGUCUCUCGAGCAUCAUUGCGUCGUACGUCCUUGCGCUCGACAAGAAGAAGGAGUUUCUCCUGAACGAGCCCGUGGCCGUCCAGACGUGGGCCGCGAAGCAUGUGACAGCGCUUGCAGCGACAGCAACGGCCGCACUCGAACAGCUCUUUGUGGGCGGCAAGCCCAACAGCGACCUUGGCGCGCACCUGCGCUCGCUGCGCGGCCUGCGCCAUGUGCUGAAGGCGCUCACGGACCGUCUCGAACUCGCGGCCGGGCCCGUCACCGUGCCCGAAGCCGCGGCCUUGACACAAGAAGCCCGAUCGUACCUGGACCAACUUCUGCGUACGCUUCACGACACGACGCUGCGCUUCUCGUUUGGCCAGUGGCUCGUCGAAGAGAGCGCUCUGCAUAAAGUGCACUACGACGCCGCCGGCCUCAGUCGCCGCUUCCACACGCAGGCGCCGCUGGUUUUGGCGGCCAUCUGCGACGCGGCGCAGGUCGCCCCGCUCUCGCCGCCGCCUUCGACCGGCCUCGCGCUGUGGCACGCCCUCUACACACCGACCGCGACCUCGAUUGAAGUGUCGUCGGCCAUCUUGCUCUUCAUGGGCUUGGAAAUGCUCGCAUCGUGCGCCAAGCCCAAGGCCGCGCCGCAGCCGCUCGCGGCGCUGCAAGCCACGACGCGUCGCCUGGCCCGCGCACUGUCUCUGAACGACGUCUGGUCGCGAUCGAUCCUCGGGCUCUGGUGUCUCCAGUACAACGUGCACGCGGUGGAGGCCGCGACGCUCUUGCAGCCGUCGCACCUUCUCGACCGCUCGAUCCUGCUCGCCCUUGUGCACGUGCUGCUGCGCCACCAACAACCCUCGCUCGCGUGGCAGCUCUGGUCGACGACGCCGGCAUCCGAAGACGCGGUCGACUUGCUCUUGGAGCUGCACUUGGCGAUGCACGAUAUCGAGGGUGCGUGGCGGCUUCUCCGCGCCUUCCCGCGCCAGAAUGCCGAGCGUCUGCCCCAGCUGCUGGCGUGGCACGUCGCCAACGACAGUCUGCGCGACUGGGUGCUCCGAUUGCAUUGGUCGCCGACCGAGUUGCCGCUCGUGCACGCCUUCCUACUGGCCGACGACGACCGCCACGAGCUCCUCGUGCGCCUCUACCUCGGGCGCAGCGACUAUGACCAAGCCUACGCCCUUGCGCAUGCGCUGCCGUCGGUGGCCAACCAUGCGGCGCUGCAAGCCUUGCUCAAAGCCACGCAGCUCAACCAGACGGCCGGCGACGUGCUCCCGACGCAUGUCCGCGCGCUCGCCGACACAAGUGAUGCGGCAGCCUACGCUCCGGGUCUCUACUCGGGGAAGCGCUCGACGACCACGGUCAAGGUCACGGCCACGGCGCGGAGCCUGGACCUCGACGAGCCCAUGACGCCGCCGCCGGUCGUGUCGACUGGUCCCAAGCCGAGCAAAGAGCUGCUAUAG